AUGUCCGCGUCUCCGUCUGCAGCAUCGGUCGCGCACCGAGCUCGUUUAUCUGCAGCAUUCUCUGAACUGAGACGCGUUCGUCCGCGGGUACCAUUCUGGGAGCUUUCAGCGCACCGUGUGCCGACACUAUGGAGUUUGUAUCGUGGAUUGUUGAGGGAGGCGCCGAGUAACGACGUGUACUUUCAAGUGAGGAAAGCGUUUAGGGAUAACAAGCAUUUGACGAGCGCGACGGCGACGAGGGAGGAACUAAUCAGAGGACAUAAAUCGCUGGACGCCUUUCGCAAGGCGAAAAAGGGAGACGAAAGGCUACAGCGCAUCUUGGAACGAUAUAGCCGGCUUGUCGCCGUCCGACGAGAGAAGGACCGCUGGCGAGACCUCAUUCUCAAGGAACAAGCAUGGCAUGAGAAACUGCUCAAUCGCCCUAUCCUCACGGGCUCCUUCAUCCGUGCCUCCGUCUACAAUAAACCCCUCCCGAGGCUGAAGCCGCAACCGAUCCAUAUCACUGGAAUGAUCAACCGCCGGCGAAAGACACGCGCGAUCCGUGGGGAGAGGUUCGCGAUGUACCAGGAGUGGAUGGAGUUCCUGAAGUACGAGGAGCGUUUUGAAGCGGGGCUGACGCGGGUGAGUAUGGGGAUGUUCGAGCCGAUAUUCACGGGUCAUAUGAAUGAGUGGUAUCGCCCUAUCAACGAAGUGCGGGCAUCCAUUCGUAAGUCGUUCGAACUGGACAGCCAGCGCGAAAAUGCUCCCUACACUCCCGAGCUCCUCGAGGUGGUCACCGCUGCUCGGCGCGAGAAGCUCGCGAACAAGACCAGGGAGCGCCUCCGCGAGCUUCGGGGUGAGGACACCAAGCACUCCUUCCUGAGGAAACGGGCCGGGCCGCCAGCGCAUGUGCUCGCUAGGAUGACUCCGGAGGAGAGGAGGUUGGACUUUGUCAGCAGAAGCUUGUCUGAGGUCGGGUACGUAGCGGCUGUGAAGAAGCGGUUGGGAUUCAAGCUGCGAGAGCCAGAUUUGUGGAGGGUGGAGCUUGGAGAAGCGGGGGAUAAGGUGAGAUUGCAGAGUGCCAAGGAGAGACUUGAGAGCGAAAAUAAGAGGAUCGGUGGCGAAUAGGGAUUGUGCGAGCCAGUUUCACAGCACCCAGAAUAUGUGCAAGUACCCUGCCUUGACCGCGCCGUCGUCUGGACCAAUCGCUCUUCCCAUCCUAUUAUGACCUUGACCCGCUCUGUAACAAGGGGGAUGUCUCGGCAUGUUGUGUCGACAAUGUCUGCUGCAGAUCACCG